UCCACAGCAGCAGAGAGGGUCCGCUCGGCUCCGAUGAAACUACUCAGCAGCAGCUCUCAGGGUGUAUCUCAUCUUCCCACAUGCGCUGACACGUCUCCAGGUACUACACUCAUCCCGUCGGGCGGCAGCAGCAGGGAGCGUCCACUUUGGCCGGUGUGACACAUAGUGAACACGUUACCCGAGAGAGCGCGGAGGGCAGGACGAGAUGUUGCUGAAGGAGUACAGGAUAUGCAUGCCCCUCACCGUGGAGGAGUACCGGAUCGGGCAGUUGUACAUGAUCAGCAAACACAGCCAUGAGCAGAGUGAUCGAGGUGAAGGGGUGGAGGUGGUCCAGAACGAGCCAUACGAGGACCCCGCCCACGGCCAAGGACAGUUCACAGAGAAACGAGUCUACCUCAACAGUAAAUUACCCACUUGGGCUCGAGCCGUGGUUCCAAAAAUCUUCUACGUGACGGAGAAAGCAUGGAAUUACUACCCUUACACCAUAACAGAAUAUACUUGCUCAUUCCUGCCGAAGUUCUCCAUCCACAUAGAGACAAAAUAUGAAGAUAAUAAAGGAUGCAACGACAAUAUCUUCGACAACGAGCUGAAGGAGCAGGAGAGGGAGGUGUGCGCCGUCGACAUCGCCUAUGAUGAGAUCCCUGAGCGCUACUAUAAAGACUCUGAGGACUUGCGAUACUUCAAGUCGGAGAAGACGUCUCGGGGGAUGCUGCAGGAGGGCUGGAGGGACACCCAGGAUCCCAUCAUGUGCUCGUACAAACUGGUCACUGUCAAGUUUGAGGUGUGGGGUCUGCAGACCCGAGUGGAGCAGUUUGUGCACAAGGUGGUUCGUGAUGUGCUGCUGCUGGGACACAGACAGGCGUUUGCCUGGGUGGACGAGUGGAUUGACAUGACCAUGGAUGAGGUGAGAGAGUUUGAGCGCGCCAUCCAGGAGGCCACCAAUCAGAAGAUCGGAAUGUUUCCCCCGUCCAUCUCCAUCAGCGAGACAUCCCUGUCCUCCUGCGCCCUCAACGGCCCUGCCAGCGCCCCCACCACGCCCAUGUGCACUGAUGCGCCCGAGUCCCUCUCCGUCUCCAGGGACCGGCCGCGCAAAAAGUCUGCUCCGGAAACCCUGACCCUUCCAGACCCUGUCCCGAGUGACGUCCCUCAGGAAUCUACUUUGAGCCCAGUACCCGUUUCAAACGACCUCGAGUCCUCCACACCGCCCGCCUCCAACUCUGAUCUUGAGGAGCUGGACAAAUAGUCGAGAGAGCUUGGGAUGUCAUGCCCCUUGAUUAACUAAUUCCUAAAACCCCUUUGUCUUAGUAGCCCAAUGAAAAUAGCCUAAACUCCAAACCCCAGUGCCCAGACAUCCAAGUUUGCGAACCAUAUCCAACAAAUGUCCAUUACCCUGGACGUGCAGCCAUCGCUCUAGAAGUCUUCAUCGGUAUCACUGACACCGUCCAGGCAGCUGUAGGCUCAGGCUGACGUGGCCGACUUCCUCUUGCUCUACACGUCUCAGCUAUUACAUCAACCGCCGGUGAUGUCGAAUCAAAACAGAGGGCAUCUAUAAUUGCUUCAGUUGAGCAGCAGGUCCUUAUGUUAUAUGAAUAAAUGAUUCUCAUCGUUUCCUCAGUUAGGUUUUCUUCAAUCAGACGAGCUGAUUGCUUUCAAGCUAUCGAACUAUCAAGUAGUUGCCUUGGCACCACAGAGCCAGUGGUGUUUAUGAGUUUUGACAUAAUGUGCAAAUGAAUGACAAAUAUUAUCGAGUUAGAAAUAAAAUCAGUGACACAACGUGGAGUAGCACAGUAGACCAAUAUGCUAGACUAACACAAACGGAGAACAAAAGCCAAGUGCCCUCAUGAAACCGCCUGGAUCAGAUUCAUCCUUUUCCAUCUCAGACUGAAGAAUAUACGACAGAUGCAAGAUCCGUACAAUCAUAGAGUUUACGACUCAGGUCUCCCUGACUCCACCUGACUCCCUCUCCGAAGGCAGGGAUAUUACUGAACCUUUCUCUCCCUGCUUAUUGCCAAACAGCCACAUUUUAUACCUCCACAGAUCUUACAUUAAAACAACUAUAGUAUGUACUAUACCCGCCUACUUAACCCUUAGAUUGUUUACACAUCAGAAACCUCGGAGCGCUCGCGUAUUACAUUUUAGGUCGAGCUGUUGUUACAUAUGCACUCGUGGUUUUGGCAUGACACUUACACCGAGUUUGUUCAAGUUUAUAACUGCAUAUAUCUUACUUAAGUUGACUGAGAGGUCAGUAUACAUAAUAUAUAUAUAUAUAUAUAUAUAUAUAUAUAUAUAUAAACAAAACAUAGAAGUCAAAUGUUGCCUGAUGUUAAUGCUGGGAAUCUCAUGUGACAUAAAUGUGAUCCACUUUUUAUCAAAUCAGAAAAAAUUACUUUAAUGUCACAUGUAGGAACAAGGCCAUCUCGAGGGAUGUUUUCAAAGCAGUGACCGAUCUUUGUGCAGAGUGGAGGGAAUGAGAACCCGAAGGUUGAUUUGAGAAAAGGGGAGCGUGCAUCAAGCUGACUUGAGUAUGUGCUUGAGCUGCAUAGCAUUAGCAGGAGUGCUGAUACUUUUGCCGGGCCAUCGCUGGCUGUGGCCGUAAAAUGCGAUAUUAAGAACGGGAACGUGAUUUGCAGUGACCUAUCUUUCGGGCUGGGCAGUAAAGGAGAAUCACACACAGGGAAACAUCAGAAAAGUCUUUCUUCGAUGGAAAAAACUCUUUCCAUUCAACGAUACAAUUCCAGGAAAGGCUUUUUAUAUGCUGCAUGGAAUGAUCACAACAUAUAUACAUAUAAAGUCAAGUAUAUGUGUGUAUAUACUGUAAAUGGCUGGAUUGGUACAGUACAUUUGUCAAUGCAGCAGUAUGAAAAAAGUGAAUGCUAACUUUUGAAGCCCUGUACAAACUUUUUGUAUCAUAGAAAAAAAGCAGGUUUUGAGUGAAAAGUAAGCAUGUCCAGAGAAUAGUCUGUAGGCCUAAACAAACUCUUUCAACUCUUAGUGCCUCUGCAUGCAACAGUUGUAUCACCACCUCCAUACUUGCAAACCAAAAUCUCUUCUAUAUUUCAUCUCUAGAGAAAAACUAUUUUAUUUUGCAUUUCUUUGCCUGUUUUCUAUCUCAAAUUUAAUGCAGCUACACACACACACACACACACACACACACACACACACACACACACACACACACACACACACACACACACACACACACACACACACACACAAACUACGACACGAUCAGAUCAAAUCAUAUCAAACAUCAUCAGACUUUAUUGUAACAGGGCUAACUUGACUUUUUGGUUUUAGGGAAUUAAGUUAAACUAUUUCCCCUGUUCAUGCCCAUUCCUUCUAACUUACACUCAUUUUGCACUUUCCAGUCUUUGACACCUUAUUUGACGAAGAAGGAAUGUGUUGCAUUACAGUCUUGUUGGGUUCGUCGGACCAAAGUCCUAUAAUAGAGCGUAUAGUAACUUGGAAGAGAGCAGGUCAGAGGGAGUGGCCUCAGUGGUCUUGCCAUAAAGAUGUUGUUAAUAUUGUGUACAGUUUCUCACUCGCUUUUGUUAAAAAAAAAAAUUCAAUAUAACAAACUGUAGCUAAUUAUCUGUAGCUGUAGCUUUUGUCUUUGCCUUUUGAGCAUACAAAUGUUAUUGUACACCAGUCAAUGGCCCGUCUGGUCUGCAACUUAUAGAUCAUGCACACUGAUGACUCAGUCGCUCUCCUGUCAGGAACACCGAGAUCCAGGGAUAUGUGUGAUCUCCCACGGGCUAUUCAAGAUAAUGCAAGACAUCCAAUCGUGUAACAUUAAGCUCUGCUCUGUUUAAAAGAGCAACAUAGUAGGUAUUGUAAAUAAAAGUUGUCAAUGACUCACAGAGUCGGUUUCUUACAUUUAGUCUGUUGCAUCGCUGAUGAUGUGAGACGAAUGAUAGAGGAUAUGAUUUAGCGCGACUUGAGUUAAAGCUUUGUUUGACCUAGGAGUGAAGUGUCUGUAUCUAUGAAGUCAGUGUCCUUAUUGAGGAUGAGUCGACUCUCCUCCACCGAGUGUCAAGGCUCCUCAUUGUAGUGGCGUAACUUUGGCUCCGGUUGCUUUUCGUUGCCCCCUGCUGGGCAAAAUAGUUUGUACAAGUUGUAAAACCAAUCGAAGUUUUUCUUUUUUCUUUAAUGGGGUGGCAGCUUUGACGUUUACUUGCCAUAUUGAUUAAGAGGUGACUGGCUGUUUCUUUUUGUCUGUAGUAAAGCUGCUGUACUUUGAUUUUGUGGUUGCUGUAUCAUAUGAAGGAAAAAUCUUAAUUAGUUUAUCUUUUCUUUUUUUUUUUAUAAAAGGACCAAGCUCUUCACUCCUCCUCCCCCUGAUGCUGUUUGCAUUCGGCCAGGCUGUUGUGCUGUCUUCUGAUAACUGGGACCUGUCUCACGGUCCAGGGUCACUGAUCUAGCUGGAGAGCCGAUGUGGUUCGGAUCCUCCAGCUUUCUUCAUUAAUCCUGUUUUGUGAAACAGCCUCCAGAAGUGCCAUAUUUGAUCGGCUGCUGGAAGUCCCUCUUAGUUCUUCCUCUUCUACUAUUAUUGUACUUGGUAUAUUUUUACUGCCCUUUGAGGUUCAUUCUUUGUUGUAAUUAUUGUUUUACUUCUUUUCUGAAAAAGACAAAUAAACUUUACUAGCUAUUGCAA